ACCACCAGACCUCGGACACGCGGUAGUUCCCCGCUCCGCCCCGCGGCCCCCUGCGCCAGAGCCACGCCAAAUGUUGAUCGUUUGAUUCACACAAUUCAGUCCUGGUCCGAUUUCCGCGGCGAAAAUACCGAAGUUCCGCACGCGACGCCACCACGGUCCCCCCAUGGGCUUCCAUUAGGCGGAAGAGUCACGCAGCACCUGAGGAGGGCCGCCCUUCUGACGGAACCGCGCCGCCCCGCUCCCAUUGGUCGAUACGGGCAGUGCCAGUGCACGUGACCGGGCGCCCGAAGCUGGCCGCUUUGGCUCGCCCCAGUCCCAGGUGGCUUUGGAUCCGACCGAAACUGGCCUGACGCUGCGCUGACACCCGCUUGACGUGCAGCCCGCGGUCGGUCCCAACAGCACUGUGCACGACAAAAUGAGCCUCAACACCCUGCUGGAGGCGGCCAAGUACCUGGAAUUGCAGGAACAGCGGAAAAUAAGGGCCACCCAGGACACCGCCCUAGCGACGCCCAGGGCACCGCCCCCCAUCGCCACAGCCGCCCCUUCGCCCGUGCACACUGUGACCACCCAAGCCUUCGACGUGCAGAGUUGCGCGCCCAACGUCCAGCAGCAGCCGCCCCCGGCCGCCCAAACCGUGGUCAUUUCCAGCAGCAACAUUUCCUCCACCCUCCUGCAGCGCAUACAUUCUCCGAUCACCUACGCUUCAGUAUCGCCGACAGUUGUGGGGGCCCAGCCAGCAAGCACGUCAAUCAGGAAGGAGCAGGAUGGGCACAUUUCCAGCACGACGAUGACGCAGAGCCAGCGACGCGCCAUGCAAAACUCGUUUGACAUCAUGAACCCGCUGGUGAUCGACGAGGCCGCGCCCACCGAGCAGAAAAAGUACAAACAGCCGCCGAUGGUGUUUCGAUCAGGCACGCGCGAAGUACACAACAAGCUGGAGAAAUGCAGGCGUGCCCACUUGAAGGAGUGCUUCGACGCGCUGAAGAAACAGCUGCCCAACAAUGGGGAGGAGAAGAAAACGUCGAAUUUGAGCAUCCUGCAUUCGGCUUUGAAGUACAUCCAGGCGUUGAAGCGGCGCGAAGCCGAGCUCGAGCAAGAGCUGGAGCAGUUGGCGCGCCAAAAAAUGAACAACCAGCAGCGGCUCGCCGCACUUAAGAAGGAAUGCCAUCUGGACCAUCUGGAUUUUUCCAAUCUGAUGCCGGAGAUCCCGUCGAGCACCAGCAGUCUCAGUCUGAGCGAGGCCGCCAACAGUCCGAGCGCCAGCACGUCAUCGAUGAGCCCGAACGCGUUCAGUCCGAGCUUCGCGUCUGCGCCGGAGUCGUUUUGCGACGACGUUGGCAACGAUGUCACCAUCCCUACUCCCGGCAGUGUGGCAUCGGGCGUGUCCAGCUCGGGGCUUCUAGCCGAGGUGAGCGCCACCUCUGUGAUAAAUCAGCCAACCUCUGUGAUAGCGGCUGCGCACGGCGACAGCAAACUUUCCAUUCCCAUUCUGGGCAAGCCCAUUGCGAGCAAAGAGGUGGCGCCAGCCAGCGGCAUAUCAGUGCUGCCAAUGACCGGCUACCCAGUGAAUCAGGGCCUCGUGCUGCAGAAGGUCGCCAUCGUGCCCCAUAAGGGGCUGUCGGAGCUCACGCCCCUGGUCUCCACCCACUUCAUCACCACGCCUCAGCAGCUAAACGGCAUCAAUGGACAGAUCAGUGGCAAGGUCGUGCCAUUGACGCAGUACAUCGUUAAGCCGAUGGUGGUGGUCAGUUCGGCCAAUCAGCGCCCCAGCAGCUAGUGGCCGUCGCUGUAGCAGGGGUUUUUGAAUGGGAAUUUCGAGCGAUCCUGAUUGGGUGGACGAUAAUGACGACGACGGCGCCAACUGGGGAAAAUGCGACGGACUCGGUGCAUGGGGACCAACAGUUUUGACAGUUGACUGUUCAAGUCAAGCCGAUUGGAUGAUUUCCCGGCAGGCGGCGCAAGAAAAAUUACGAAGUGUUUCGACUGAUUCGGUGGGGCGACCGCCGGUCGCCCCCCCAGGGCAAAAUCAAACCCAAUUCAUUUCCCGUCUACAGUAUCAUCAAAUAGUAUUUCAAUACUCGUUUUUAAGUUACAGAAUCCAUUCUCUUUUAGUGUUUAGUGUACGUACUCGGCCAGGUGUUCCUUGGCAUGGGACCGAUCUCCUUAAGUGUUUAAGUUACUUAGCUCUAUAUAUUGACAAACAAAAAAAUCCAACCGUAGAAUUAGUGUUCGACUGUGAACUGUGUAAAUAUGUAAACUAGUCUUUUAUUGUAAAUAGGAGUCACUGUUGUAAAUACGCCCUUUCAACAAUAAUGUACAAACCAAGCGAUUUAGGAGAGUUAUUAUAAUUGUACAUUUAUUUUCCGCGCUCGGGCCGCUUUAGGACCGAGCGAAUAGAGAAGUCUGCAAGUCUA